GAGAGGUCGGCGAGGAAGGAAGGCACCCAGUCGCUAGCCACAGACGCGAUGGCCUCGCGCAUGGAGAACAGCAGCCGCGCGGCGCAGCUUUCGCCCGUCUGCAGCAGUGUCGAGGCGCAGCACGCGCAGCGCCAGAAGCUGCUGGACAUGUGGGGGCGCCACGAGCUCACGGACGUCGUGCUGCUCCUGGAGCCCGAGGCACUCGGCCAGGAGACUCAGCAACAACAGGAGGAGGUGGCCGCGCACCGCGUGGUGCUGGCGGCCGCCAGCCCGUUCUUCCGCGCGCUGUUCACCGGCGGCAUGCGCGAGUCUCGCCAGCCGACGCCUCGCGUGCCGCUGCCCGGCGUGCCCGUCGCCGCCUUCCGCGAGCUGCUGCGCUACAUGUACGUGGGGGAGCUGCGCGUGGCCGGGGACACGAUCCUGUCGGUGCUGCACGCGGCCAGCCGCCUGGAGCUGCAGGAGGUGGUGGAGAUCUGCUGCAAGCAGCUCAUGCUCCAGCUCAGCGUGCACAACUGCGCCGACAUCUACGUGUGCUGCGAGCAGCUGCAGAUGCGCGCGGCCUGUCGCCUGCUGGCGCGCGCGGCACGCGCUAUGAUUGACACGUUCUUCUGUGAGGUAUACCAGAGUGAGGGCUUCAAGAACCUGUCGCUGGACGCGGUGCUCAAGGUGUUGAGGCACCAGGAGGUUAAAAGCUCGGUGGACUUGUCCGCGGACGACGCGGCGGUGAAGGUCUGGAUAAUGCACGACCCCACGACGAGGAAGAGGGAGCUGUCGGUCGCGCUGCAGAGCCCGCGGAGCUCUGGGGACGUCGCGCUGGAUGGAAUGAUCUUGAGUCGACGGAAUAGUGACAACGCCAUGGUGAACAGCAAGGAGAGACUGUCGUUCAUUGCAGCAGAGGAAGGGAUCGAAGGUGAUAUGCUGAGCGAGAUCGAGGACAACGCGCAGCAGCAGCUCACUCCGACCAUAUUCGUGGUUGGAGGGUUCAACAACCCCGGUGCGUUGAAUACUGUGGAAUAUCUGGAUUUCCAUCGAGGCGAGUGGUUCCCGGCGGCGCCGAUGGUGACUCGACGGUCUUACAGCGGCGUGGCAGUUGCUGGAGAUAACAAGAUUUACGUCAUGGGAGGAACUAGCAGCAGCUCGCAGCACCACAAGACCAUGGAGAGAUACGACCCGGAGGCGAAUGUGUGGACAGCUAUGCCGCCGAUGACACACGCGCGCAGUUACUUGGGUGCAGCUGUCGUGGGGGACUUCAUCUAUGCCGUGGGAGGGUUUAAUGGACAAGCGCAUUUGUCUUCCGUUGAGCGGUUUGAUCUACGGAAGCUGCAGUGGGAGCAGAUCCCGCCGCUGUCGACGGGGCGCAGCGGGCUUGCUGUCGUCGCUCUAAAUGGCUUGGUGUAUGCAAUCGGUGGUUAUGACGGCAGAAAGCAUCUGAAGAGCGUCGAAGUGUUUGAUCCACAGACCAAUCAAUGGACGUCCAUUGCCAGCAUGCGCUACGCGCGGAAUGGCCCCGCGGCUGUGGUCCAGGAACACAGCAACAGCAUUCUUGUGUUUGGAGGCGAGUCUCGGCAUGGCGCGCGAAUGAACACAAGUGAACGGCUGGACCUGAACAGCGGGAUGUGGAGCGACGUCGACGCGUUUGCAGACUGUCGGAGCGGCCACGUCGCGUUCAGUUUUCUCAGUGAAUCCUUCUUGUUCUGCCUGGGGGGCUCCAACAAGAAGGACGAGUAUCUGGACACUGUGCAUCGGUACGACUAUUUAUCGAAGCAAUGGACGCUUCACUCACAGAUGCGAGCCCAGCGCUGCGGCUUGAAUGUCGCCGUGGUGAAAACAACCCCUCACGCCGAGUGUUUUGCGGCCCAGAGGGAGAAGGAACAAAUGUACAAACCGAGCUCCUUCUGGCGAAAGCAACUCCGAGCCUUGUCCGCCCAAGGAGCAUGA